UGUGGAAACUUGAAAAGCCCCAAUUUUGUGUGUGUUUUCUCGCUCGAAUUUCACAAAAACCAAAACACACGCUUUUUUGUUUUGAGUAGGAAAAAUGGUGGUCCUUGAACCAGUCCUUUCUAACGAUGAAGAACCAAAGAAAUCAUCUUCAACGUCAGCAGCAUCUGUUGCGGCGGCGGCCGAUCAAUCAGAGGCCACCGCCGCCGAUGGAUAUGCAUCUGACGCUUAUGAAACCGCUAGCGAAACCGAAGUUUGUGAAAAUGAUGAAUCCCUUUCUGAUAAUAAUAAUAAUAAUUUAAACGACGUCGUCAUUGAGCAAAAAGAAGAAGUCAAUCAGGGAGAAGAACACGUGGCAUCAUCUAAGGAGAAUCAGUCAGAUGAAGAAAAACAACUCCUCAAUCAGAAACUUCUAGAUCAAAUGAAUGAAGCAAAAGUUGAAGGAAACAAGUUAUUUGCAGAUGGUUUGUAUGAUGAAGCGCUAUUCAAGUAUGAUUAUGCUAUACAACUUGCUCCUGAGAUGUCCGCAUCUGCUGAAAUUAGAUCGAUAUGCCAUAAUAACCGUGCGACAUGCUUUUUUAAGCUGGGGAAGUAUGAGGAUUCCGUUAAAGAGUGCACAAGAGCAUUGGAACUGAAUGCUACUUACAUGAAGCCUCUCCUUAGAAAAGCCGAGGCCCAUGAAAAACUUGAAAACUAUGACGAUGCUAUUGCUGUUCUGAAGAAAAUCCUGGAAUUGGAUCCUUCAAACCACCAAGCUAGAAGGAGCAUUAUCCGCCUAGAGCCAUUGGCCAUUGAAAAACGUGAAAAGAUGAAAGAAGAGAUGCUAGGCAAGUUGAAGGACAUGGGGAACUCGAUUCUAGGGAAAUUUGGAAUGAGCGUCGACAACUUCAAAGCUGUGAAAGAUCCAAAUACGGGCUCAUAUUCUAUCUCAUUUCAGCAGUAAAGACGGGAUGUAGCUGUGCACAAAAGACCUAUACCUAUACAGUCCCAUAACACUAUUUUUGGUACCAGGAUAGCCUAUCAGUGAUUAUCAGUUCGCCGAUUAGUGAUUAUCAGUUCACCACUGUAUGAACAUUUGUGUGCGAAUCUGAUCCAUUUCUACAUUUUGUUUCUUGUGGAAGAAAUAACUGUUGAUGCUUUAUAUAUAAUGUCUAGUUUGUUGACAA